GAUUUCAGAGCAAGAGCCUGCAGUCUUUAAUCUAGCAAACGACUUCGAAAAACCGGAAAUAAUGUCUUGCCUUUCCAUAUUUUUGGCUUUUCUCUCUCUGUCUGGCUUUUUGGGCAAGUUCUACGUGUUUGCCAUUUAUGACGGAAACUGUGCCGACAAGCCUGUAUUCAGUCCGCCCCGAUUGUUCGUCGAGUUUGGCAGCUCGGCGUCUGCCACCUGCUCCGUUUGCCGGCAUGCUUGCAUAAAUAAAAAGUCUGGUUUGGAAAAAUCCAUUGGCAGGGUGGAACGAAACGGGACUACUAUUUUAUGGACGGUGGACAAAAUGGAUAAGUGGCCUACGAACCCCUUGUGUUACUACAUCGACAACGGAUCCCAGUGUUCCAGCUUCCUGCCCGUCACCGUAUACCAUUCUCCUACAAAGGUAGAGUUGUCAUUUCGCUCUAAAGGCAUGAUGAUGGUUGAGGGCCAGCACUACACAGCGGAAUGUUAUGUGGAGAACGUUGCCCCGGCCAAGCUCCUUACCGUGACCAUCUAUCACGGGUUAAAUGUGCUGCGCCAGGAGCACCUACAGGAAAUACCAGAGAAGAAACCGACCAAUAUUACAAUCACAGCCGACUUUAAUGCCACUAAAGAGAUGGAUGGAGCCAAUUUUUGGUGUGCCGGCCAGCUAGAUGUGGAACCUAUGACGAAGAAUACAACAUCAGAUUUCGUCACCCCCACUGUUUUCUAUAAGCCUCGAUUCAAAGGAACGUCAAGUGGAACAAUCAGCCUGACUGUAGGAGAUCCCCUUCAUCUCAACUGUUCCGCCGAGGGCAACCCGACACCCUCGAUUACGUGGAACAUUUCAUCGACGGCCAUUUCAUCUUUCGAAGGAGACAUCCUCUCAGUGGACUCUGUCACCACGGCACAUAAAGGACAGUACAUCUGUUCCAUUAUCAACAUGGUUGGAAGGACCACUGCUGAGUUUAAUGUGGAUGUUAAGGUCAACUACACGAUUAUCAAUAUUGCCCGGUUAGCAGCGUUUGCUGUUGUCGUGAUCCUCGGUGUCGUUAUCGUGUCCAUCCUUCACCACAAACUAAACUGGACUGGAAAGUACAACCAGAAGGUCGUGUUUCGUUCACACACCCAACACAUUGCCUUGCCUGACAGAGAGUUGUAAGGCUGAGGUAUUGAGGUUUGACCUGCCUUGGGACUUUUCCAGAUAAGAGCCAAUUUCUUUUGCUUUGACUUGGGAGCAAAAAUCGACAUAUUGGCUGUGUUUGGUGGCAGUGAACUCAUCUCGGUUUCCAACAAGCAGGAGUUCAAUGGACAAUUUUUAAAUGUUUUUUUUUUUUUUCUAUUUUAAAUAGGAAUAUCUAAGCAGUUUGAUGACAGUUCAAGUCAGGGGCUCUGGAAGUCACUCACAGCAGGGGGUGCUGAGGAUCUUUUUUAUUGUUUCCAAUUCAAAAAACAGCCAUUUCGGUCCAUAUUUGUCAUGCUUGUGGAUUUUCUCCAUACUACACAUGUGUGCUGGAUCGGUUACGUACUACUACUAGAAUACUACAAAGACAGCGUUCUAUUUCACUUACAUAGUGUAUUGGAGUUUUUGUAUUGGAAAUGGAAGCGCCCGUGUAUUAUAACGCAUAAAAUCAGUGCAGUUAGACGGCGCAAUGACACACAAACACAUUUGAAAACUAAAAGGUCCAAUAAGCCUCUUUUUAACCCCCCCUUUCACAACACAAAAAAAAAUGCAUACAAAUAUCUAGGGCUGCAGCUAUCGAAUAUUUUAGUAUUCGAGUAAUCGACUGAAAAUUCUAUCGAUUAAUCGAGUAAUCGGAUAAAACAUAUUUUUAGGUGAAGAGCAAUUAUAAAUAUACAUGAGAAAACAAGACAUUUCAUCUAAUCUUGAACCAUUUUCAGUCAAUCAAUGUCUUUAUUUUCGAUGUAUAUUGUUGAAAACAGCCAACAAUUGCAUCUCAGAUGUAACUAGAGAAAAAAAUGACUAAUUCACUGCUUUCACUCAAAAAACCUUUAGAUCUUAUUAAAAAAAGAAAAAAAAAAAUCCUAAAAAUGCUGUUAUGCUUGAUAACACACAUGACUUAAAAGUUAGGAUUUUUUCACACGUGUUUCAAUUGAAUUUCUAUUUGUGUCAAGCCAUUUUACAGUUCUAGUUAAGUUUUAAGUUUGUCUAAACUGUAAGUCCUGAUAGGAUUUUGAGUUUUUGCAGUGUUCAAACUAAAUUUAUGAUACAGGCUGUAUUGGAGCACAUUAGGGACCAGUGCUACUUGGUGUUUUAUCCAGCAAUGACUACUGAGCUAAAACUGAUAGUUAGCAUUAUUGAGUUUUUAUUUUACACCCUCAUCACUCCACAACGCUAUGUUAUGUUAAAGCCUGUAUGUAAGACACGUUAGCCACGCAUUGAAAGUGGUCAUAAUUAAUAGAAACCUAACCCUCCGCAGGGCUAACGUUACUUGAGCUAGUGAUAGUAACAUUAAUCUUAUUUAUUAGCGCUUAGCGCUCUACUGCUUUAAGAUGGCGGCUGUUUACUAACGCUGCCCAGACGCGGCCGAGUCUGUCAUUUCGCAUGUAGUUCAACAUACAUGUGAUCUCUAUGAGACUCAUCCUCUCCCAACUACCUGCUACCAACGUAGCAUCGUGCGGGCUAGUAUUUAGCAACGUCGGCGUCGUUUGUAGCGGCUGUCGGUUGCAGCAAGUUUUUUUUUCUUUUUCUUCUUCCUCUACGCACGUGACAUCAGCGCAUUGUCCUGCAUUAAAAGUAGUCCGAGCAAAACGUGAUGCUUAGAGCUGUCAAAAUAAACGAUUACUCGAGGUGAAUAAAAUUACUCGGACCAGUUUUUAAACUCGAGUUACUCGAGUUGCUCGAGUAUUCGUUUCAGCGCUACAAAUAUCUAAUACGGAGGCAGCUCAACAGCAACAACAAACAAUAAUAUGGCUACAAUCCAAAAAUGUCUUACCUAUUUGAAGACACCAAAGGGAAAAAGAACAAUCAUCAUAAUCAUCUUCAAAUUGAAUUUUGGCAAAACCUCGCUGUUUUUGUAAAGAAAAAAAAUCGCUAAUUCGUUUUUGUGCCAUGUUCGCGCCUCCUCUGUCAACAGCUAACUUUUCCAAUAGCACCUUAUUCAACGUGACCCGGUAGCAAGCAAGGUGUCAGGUGGUGACCAUGUUAUUAGCAAAAACACAAAAAAACUUUUUCAACAUAUCGGCAAACUCCAGGGACUCGAGUCAGAAUGAGAACGAGAAAAUUACAACAUUAGUGCACUGCAGACCUCGCUAUUAUUGCACCCGUGCACACCCAAAAUGUGAUUUGGGUGGUGCUUUUACAGCGCUCCUUAGUUUUAUUCUAUUUUACCAACGGAUAAACAGGGUUUCCCCUAGAAAACUUGCAAAGCCGUGAUGGAGAAGCCUGCCAGUGGCCCACUACGUUUACAAAUAUUUACGUUUGCAACUUUUUUUAUGCACAUUGCUUGCAUUGAUCCAACCUGCAAUCUAAUCACUUAGCUGACAUUAAACAAAUAUGUACCUACGUACAGUAAACUGCAAGCAGAGAAGUGAAAAUAUAAUACCAAAUCUCUCUCACUACCAGUGCCAGAUGCUGAUCUUUGAAUGAGGGGAAGCUCAAAGUGUGACCGCCUGUGAGUGCUUUGUGAUAGUGGAGAGACUGAGCGGCACGCGCUUCUCGGUAGGGAAAGAAACUAGAGUGCCAGAAGUCAAGUCUCCAAACACAAGUAGCUUAAAUAUAAAAAAAAAAAACACCAAAAUUCGAAGCUUGAUUUUUCGCUACUCAUUUUUAACAAAUCAGGUGUCGCUAGGAUGAUUACGAAGGUCUCCGGUUCAACUCAGAACAACGGAGUGAAAAUUCAAAAAUGCCUCCUGCAAUUGUUAAUACGAAAAUAUCACUCAUUUCGCUGUCAAUCAAAAAGGGAUUCAGCCUCAGCCAGAUCAUCCAAUCAUCAUGCAUGGAACCAAAGCGUCUGGGCCAGCUGAGCCCCGCCCACGGCCCACAGACUCCCAGCGACGCACAGCGUCCAAUGGGUGGGAUAAACCCAGCCUUUAGCCAAUGACUCGUCUUGUUUUCCUGUAACGUCCUGCAGCGUCCACACUGUUUAAAGGACUGCAAAGCCUUGCAAAUGAAAUAAAAGUAAGCCGCGUCGUCACCACUGAUAAGAAGGUAAUUUUCAACAAAAGUUGAGCGCGUUGUAGCGCAUAUUUGGUCAAUGACAUGUACGCAGAAUACAUUGGAGUGGCAUCAUAAGUCUCAUAAGAUCAAAUAAACCACAAUGAAGUAGGGAUGGGCGGAUCGAUACCAAAAUAUCGAUAUUUCGAUCCAGCGCGUUAAAUUUUAGGUAUCGAUCCCCAAGCAAAAGUAUCGAUAUCUGGAAUUAAUAUAUUAUAUUUUCUUUGUCAGUUUUUGGGUAUAUUUUUGUGCACACUUUUUGUACUACUUUUCCCUUUCGCAUUCUACACGCACGUAAGCUGUGCACACACAUAAGCAGUGCACCGGCGUGUGCUCCCGCCCCCAUUCACGUCCCUAUCCUGUGUCGAAUAGCAUGCUUUUCCUCCGCCCCUCUCACGCCUAAUUUCUUACUUAACCUUAUUAUUUCUUAUUAGGGCCCGAGCACUAAGCGUGCGAAGGCCCUAUUGUUUUGCAAAGGAUUAUUUUUAGGGCCCGAGCACUAGGCGUGCGAAGGCCCUAUUGUAAUGCAAAGGAUUAUUAUUAUUAUUAUUCUUCUUUUUUCAGGGCAAAUGAAAAUGGCCAAUUUGGAGGCCUGAACAUGCACGAAAAGUCACCAAAAUUUGCACAUACGUGCAGAUUCGCGUAAAA